UCCGUCUUCUCCUUCUUCCCUUCAAACCCGCCUUCUCUCCCCUUUAUUUCUCCCCCACGAUCUCUGUCGUCGUAAAAUCCUGUAUUCUCAGGCCAAAACUCCGUCGUUUUAACCGACCUAAAAGAAGAAAAAAGUGUUGUACUUUGUCCUUUUUAUUAAGGAUGGACGAAAAUUCAGCUAUGAUUGAGCAAAUUCUCAGAGAAGUCGAAAACAAUAACAUCAAAAACGACGAAGUUAACGGCUGGCAAACGGUUUCCUAUUCGAAACGGAAUCGGAAAUCUUCGAAACCUCCGCCGCCGGAGACUUUUUCUGUUGAUCUUCCCAAUGGCGGCGUCUCCUCCGACGUCUUCCACUCGAUCGAGAAACAUUCCGAGGAUCGCCGUCGUCGCGCUGCUGAGGCUGCGGCUGCGGCUGCUGCAGUAGCGGCGGUUUCUACAGCUGUCACCAACGGAUCGAAGUCUGACGAGGAAGAUGAUAGUGAUACCGGUGAUGCAGGCGAGAACGGUGCGGUGGAGAUUAAGAAGGUGAAGCCGAAGAAACCGAAGAAGCCGAAGGUGACUGUAGCGGAAGCUGCUUCGAAGAUCGACGCUGGUGAUCUUAGCGCUUUUCUUAUUGAUAUAACUAGUUCUUAUGAGACGCAGCAAGAAAUACAAUUAAUGAGAUUUGCAGAUUACUUUGGAAGGGCAUUUGCUUCAGUGAGUGCAGCGCAAUUCCCUUGGUUAAAGAUUUUCAAAGAAUCUACCGUUUCGAAAUUGGUUGAUAUUCCGCUUUCGAAUGUUCCGGAAGAUGUUUAUAGGACAUCGGUUGAUUGGUUGAACCGGCGAUCUGUAGAUGCGUUAGUAUCUUUUGCUUUAUGGUCACUGGACAGCAUUCUGGCUGACCUUACAAUUCAUCAAGGAGUUGCAAAGGGAUCAAAGAAAGUAGCUCAGCAAGCACCUUCAAAGUCUCAAGUAAUUGUCGAUCUUAUUUCUUUGUAUAAUCUUGGAAAAUAUUCGUGUUGAAUUAUAAAGAAUGGUAUAAAAUGGAAGGAGAUGCGUUUAGUGGGAACGAAUGGAAGUGAUCAUGUGUAUGAGUAUCAAGCAUAGAAUUUCCAGGCUUGGGUAUCAUUUCUUGCAUGCCAAUAGUUGGUCAUAUGCUACUGAUUGUUCAAAUGUGUGAUAGAGAGGAAUUUAAGAUUGAGAUCCAUUCUCCUGCUAUUCCUUUCAUGCAUUUAAUUUGUUUUAUGGCUGAAACUUUGUACAUGUUAGAGUUAGACUAUCACUGUUGAAGUAGAUGGAAGACUUUGGGUUAUGCGGGGGUUCAUCACAUAGUUAGAUAAUUUUCUUCCUUAAGAUAUGUGUUGUGUACAUUUCUUUUGCUUAUUACAAUAAUUUUUGGUUAAAGAUUAGUGGAUGCCAUUUCUAUUUUGCGACUGACAAUGUUCAUGAAUUUGAUAGGAUGAGAUG